AUGGGGUUUCACAAGUCGUCUAUGAACAUCGAGCUCAAGAAAGGUCAUGUACUCACUGCAUACUGUGCCCGCCCGUCUGGAGAGGCACGCUACUCGGAACUGGAUUUGAACGAUUUCCUCGGAGUCAGGAAAGGUAAACUUACGUGGGGUGCCAAGGACUUCUCGCAAUCAGCGAAUGAUAUCCACCUCGAGUGGGAGGGGGAUAGCAAGCCCAAGAACCCGAUUCUCCAUGCAAAGGUGAUGGACGGCGACGAGGACCACGAAUCCUGCGUCAACUUGGCAGAGUGCAUCAAGAACGAGGAUGGACACCUGUGGUUCAUGGAGUGUUUCUAA